AUGGCUUCUUUGUCGCUUUCAUCUUUGCAUGCUUCAACAUUCCUCUUGGCAAUUCUCAUUUUCAUCUUGUUUUGCAUGCCAUAUUGUGUUCUUGGCUAUGAUGCACAAACGGUCAUAGACUCUCCUAUGUUAACAGAGAAGUUAGGAAUUAAUCGCACUAUCAAAGUAGAUAUCAACGGCAAUGGGGAAUUCAAAUCUGUCCAAGCUGCCAUCGAUUCCAUUCCUGAAGGAAAUUCUAAUUGGGUCAUCGUUCAUGUUAGGAAAGGAGUAUAUAGGGAAAAAGUGCACAUACCAAAGACUAAGCCUUAUAUAUUCUUGAGAGGGAAUGGAAGAGGAAAAACUGCUAUAGUUUGGUCUGAAAGCUCUUCUGACAACAUAGCUUCUGCUACCUUCAAAGUCGAAGCCCAUGACUUCUUUGCCUUUGGAAUUAGCUUCAAGAAUGAGGCACCCACAGGGGUUGCCUAUACCUCGCAGAAUCAAUCAGUGGCAGCAUUUGUGGCAGCAGACAAAGUUGCAUUUUACCAUUGUGCAUUUUACAGUACUCAUAACACUCUCUUUGAUUACAAAGGAAGACAUUACUAUGAGUCUUGUUAUAUUCAAGGCUCAAUUGAUUUCAUAUUUGGCCGUGGCAGAUCCAUCUUCCAUGGCUGUGAGAUAUUUGUGAUUGAUGACAAAAGGAUAACAAUUCAUGGGUCAGUCACAGCUCAAAACAGGGAAAGCGAACCUGAGAUUAGUGGGUUUAUCUUUAUCAAAGGCAAGGUUUAUGGCAUUGGAGGGGUGUACCUAGGAAGGGCCAAGGGUCCUUAUUCUAGGGUCAUUUUUGCUAAGACAUACCUAUCAAAGACCAUUGUCCCAGAGGGGUGGACCAAUUGGAGCUAUGAGGGUAGCACAGUAAAUCUAUUCCACGCGGAAUACAAGUGCCAUGGACCUGGAGCCACUACAGAGGGACGUGCUCCUUGGUCAAAGCAACUAACUGAUGAACAAGUUGCACCAUUUUUAUCUGUUGAUUACAUUGAUGGCAAGAAUUGGUUGCCAGUUUGGCAAUAA